GCUGCUCGGGCCGGGCGCAGGCGCAGCAGCCUGUUCCCCUUCGGGAAGCGGGUUCCGACCCGCAACGCUCCGUCAAUGAGCUGCGAGGUUGUUGCGCUGUACUUUGCCAGGAGCGCUGACUUGGCAGGUGUUCGCUCUGAGAUUAUUUCUGUACCGCAACAAUUAACCUCUCUACAGCUGUGGGAAGAAAUUGUUAAAAGGCAUCCAAGACUUGCUGCCAUUCAGGAUCAAGUGGUUUUCGCUGUUCGCCAGGAAUACGUGCUUCUUGGUGAUCAGCUUCUGGUCCUGCAGUCAGGUGACGAGGUUGCCAUUAUCCCACCUAUCAGCGGGGGCUAACUCCAGGCAAACACACUUAGGGUCUAGUGAUUUGUGAAUGACUUUCCCCUUCUGCUAGUACUCUCUGAGAAGGUGUAACACGCAUCCCCUGCAGUAGACAGCCAUGAUGCUGAUACUGAGG